AUUAUUUCCAUGCGCAGGAGGCGCUGCAGAGCAGCACAGACACCACCGAGUAAGAAAAGUAGGACGCGGAGAGAGAAGACGAGGAAGAGGAAGAGGAAGAGGAGACCAUGAGGAGGAGGAGCUGAUCCGCCUGCAGCUGAUUGUUGACCAGAUGGAAGGAAAAGCAGGCGACUCUGAUGACAUCACGGUGACCUCAUCAAGCAGGAAGUGCUCUGUCAUCACAGGAAGCGGCAGGAAGAUCCGGGACAAUGCGGCCGACUGGCACAACCUGAUGCUGAAGUGGGACAAGCUGAACCAGGAGGGGUUCAACAUGGCCGCCACUAUCGUCAACAUCAGACGUUCUCAGAGCGACCAGCUGCAGGACGAAUCUUCAUCACCUUCAUCGUCCUCAUCAGCUGCAUCUGAGCGUGGGGGCGGAGCCUCUCAGCUUCAGGACGAAUGCCGUAAACUUCAGGACGUGGUUGAUAAAAUGGUUGCCGUGGUGACGAAGAUGGGGCGUCUGAUGACGUCACAGCGAGGCGUUCAGGAUCUGGAGGAGUUUCAGUUUGGACCCGGAGGAAGAAAAGUCCCUCUGUUUCACAGCUGGUCCACCGGACAGUUCGGGGACUCGUCUCGUCUCCUGUUGGACGCCUUCAGUCAGGAGCUGAGGCUGAAGCAGACCAUCCUCCAGGAAGUGGCCCACACGGCGUCCUCUGACCUCUGCAUGGUCCUCCUGUCCUGCUGGCUCCACCAGCCCUUCGUCCCCACCCAGACCAGACUCCACCUGGAGGCUCUGCUGCUGGAGACCGGGCACCGGGGGCUCUGAGGGGGGGGGUGUCAGGGUCUAGACUGAGUUCUGAUGGACUGAGAUGAAAUAAAUAGAUUUGAUGUGUUGUUGUUGUGGAGGUUCCUGAUGAAGAGUUGGGACACAUCAUCAUCAUCAUCAUCUUCAUCUUCAUGUUUUAUUGGAGGAACAGGAACACGUUCAUUGGUUCAACAUCAACAGAGAAAGUUUCCUCCAAACUGUUUUUAUAAAAAGUAAUAAAAUAGUGAAACUUCUUUAAA